CACCCAUCCUAUUAACCUAUACAUUCUUCCACCACUUCCACGCUUGACAACCUCACCUACGAAGUACGAACUAGCGAAGGCACCAAGCGAGAAGCCACGAAGGCAGUCAAGGCACGAGGCCCUCCACACUCCCAUCCGGCCAGCCGUCGUCGUCUAGCGUCCUUGCGGAGCCCUCUAGUCCAGCUGCCCAGCCAACUUGCGCCGCCGCCCGCUGUCCAGGGUCCUGCACUCCUGCGUCGCCGCGUCGGCCGUCAGCGUCCCUGCGAGGCUGCGACCUGCGUUUCCCCGUUGCUGCCUCCUGGACGGCAUAGCGGCACUGAAUCCAGUUUCGCCUCCCGCCUCUAGCUCUCUCCUACUAUCCCAAUUUUGCAAUCCGCUAUCCAGCCCAGCCCAUUGUGUAACUUUGUGGAUCCGCCUCUCCUCGUAACCCGUAAGUAUUGCUCUCCCCUAGUUCUCACCCAUAAUUUUCUUCGCUCGUGCUGCUCAAUGUCAGUGAUGAUAGUGACGAGCUUGGGAGAUUUAGUGGUGGACUUGUUCACAGAUCGCUGUCCUCUGACGUGCAAAAACUUUCUGAAGCUGUGCAAGAUAAAGUAUUAUAAUGGUUGUCUGUUUCACACGGUUCAAAAGGAUUUCACCGCACAGACGGGUGAUCCUACUGGAACAGGAUCUGGUGGAGAUUCAGUGUACAAAUUUUUGUAUGGUGAACAGGCUAGAUUCUUUGGUGAUGAGAUUCAUUUGGAUUUGAAGCAUUCCAAGAAGGGAACACUUGCCAUGGCUAGUGCUGGGGAGAAUCUUAAUGCUUCUCAGUUCUAUGUCACCCUUCGUGAUGACCUGGACUAUCUUGAUGGGAAGCAUACUGUUUUUGGAGAGUUGGCAGAAGGAAUUGAUACACUAGACAGGAUAAAUGAAGCUUUUGUAGAUGAGAAGGGUCGUCCAUUCAAAAACAUCCGAGUCAAACACACUUACGUACUGGAUGACCCUUUUGAUGAUCCACCCCAACUAGAUGAGUUGAUUCCAGUUGCUUCUCCAGAAGGGAAACCAAAAGGCGAGGUUGAUGAUGAUGUGCGUCUGGAGGAUGACUGGGUGCCUAUGGACGAGCAAAUAGGAACCCAAGAACUUGAGGAGGUUCUGCGUGCAAAGGAAGCUCAUUCCCAUGCAGUUGUGCUUGAAAGUAUAGGGGAUAUUCCUGAUGCUGAGAUAAAGCCCCCUGAUAACGUGCUCUUUGUUUGUAAAUUAAACCCAGUAACAGAAGACGAAGACCUGUAUACUCUCUUCUCACGUUUUGGAACUGUGACAUCUGCUGAAAUAAUACGGGAUUACAAGAGCGGAGAUAGCUUGGGUUAUGCUUUCAUUGAGUUUGAGGACAAAGAAGCUUGUGAGAUGGCAUAUUUUAAGAUGGAUAAUGCUCUAAUUGAUGACCGAAGGAUUCAUGUCGAUUUCAGUCAAAGUGUUUCAAAAUUGUGGUCAAGCUACAGACGCAAGGAUCAAAUGAGUAAAGGAAGUAUUUGCUUUAAGUGUGGUUCUGUGGAUCACAUAGCUAAAGACUGCUCAGCAAAACAAAAUAAUCCAAAAUACACACUUAAAGAAGCUAAUAGGCAGCAUGGUGGAGAUGAUAAUUCCAGGUUCGAAAUGGUAUUUGAUGAAGAUGCUGCUGCUGGUAGUCCAAGGGGAAAUAAAAGGCAAAGAGAUCGUGGAGCUGAAGAAGGUUAUCAAAAACAGAAUGUUAAACAUAGGGGUUCAGAUGAUGUCUUGGACCGAGAUGAAGGAAAGAGAAACCUACAUGAUCGCCAUGGACAUCAUCAUGGUCAUACAAGUAAGGAAACUAGAGAAGAUAGGCAUAGAGGAAGUAGGGCAAACUCAUCUCGUGGUGAUGAAAAGGAGAUAUCUUAUACAGAGCACAAGUAUACAGGACGUAGGGCAAGCCCAUCAUCACAUGGUGUAAGGGAUAGCAGAGAUCAUAGGGCAAGAAAUGAUUCUGAUGAUAGAAGGAAAGAUAAUAAUAGCCACAAGGAUAGGAGGAGGGCAGAUGGAGGUGUGCAACAUAGAGACAGGGCAGAUGAGAGAGAGUAUGAGAAGAGAGACAGGAGAAGAGAGGAAGAGUACAACAGAAGACGUGGGGAUGAUCAUGAUGAUAGGCGGGGUAAACAAGAGACUGAAAAUAAGGGUAGGCAAGAUGAUGAUGAUGAGGGCAGGCAUGCAAGUGGAGCUAGCCAUAGGGACAAGAGGGGUAAGAAAGAGUUUGAAGAGAGACACGGUGAUUGUUUGGCAGGACGGAAAGGAAGAGCAGAUGAGCAUAUUCGUGAUAGAAAGAGUAGUAGACGACCAUGAGUUGACUAAUAUGUCAUGCUAGUUUGAACAAUGAGAACAUGGCAUUAAGUAUAAGAAAACUCGGCAAGCUAUAUAUUGUAAAACCAAUUUUAUUACCACAAAAUUUCUGAAUGUUUGUCGAUUGAGGGCACCCCAACAACUUUUUUGCUGAAAUGGGUUGAUUUUGGAUACUUAUUCUGAAGAUCAGAUGACAUUACACGGGAACAUUUUCAUAUGAAAUUGUUGCCUUAGCGAAAUAUAAAAAAGUAGAGUAAUAGAAAA